AUGCUUCAAGAUGUCGUAUUCUUACUUAUCAUUUCCAUAACAACUGUCUUUUGUAAUCAAACGGAAUUGACUGGUAUACCUUUUUGUUUACUAAAGUGCAAAGAUGACCACAUGAUGAAGGUAAGUCUUACACAUUUUUAAACCAACUAAUACUUUCCUUAUAGUUAAUAUAACAAACUUUUUUUGUAAAAAAUUUUAAAUUUCUGAGCAAUUUUUAGUGUCGUUGUACAAGGUUUUUACUGUAUAAAGAAAGCUAAAGAAAGUUUAACAUUAAAUUCUGUAAAGAAAUGUAAUUUUAAUGAAAUUCAAAACCGUGAUUUUCCGAUUUGUAUUUAGAUGGACGGUGAAUGGUCCAUGGACUUUGCCUUUCCGUUAUUGUCGUUACUCCAAAGCAAUGGAAGUGAAGAUGCCGCAUAUCAUAAAGCUAAUGAAAUUUGUUAGUAAGUGUUAAUAUUUUUUAAUAGUACAGUGAAACUUCUUUAGUGUGACCUUCGAUAGUAUGACACCUCUCUAUAAUGACAAUUUUCUGACAGCUCUUUGUAAUAGAAUUUCUAUAAAAAAAUAAUUAGAUAAUAUAACAUUCUGUUUAUAACGGGAUUUUUGUCUAGUAUCUUUAGUGUCAUUACUAAAGAUGUUUGACUGCACAUUUUUCAAUUUUAGUUGUUAGGUCAAAAAUAAUAAAUAAUAUAGCAAAAUUGAUUAAUUUUUUCAAUAUUAUGACUUAAAAUUUUUGCAUUUACAUUUAAUUUUUUAAAAUAAAAUUUUUUAAAAUCUUUUUUAACGUUGUUAAAAAUAUUUUAGUCACAACAAGAUGUUGGGACGAUGUAUCAGUAAUUGUGCAGAAUCGUUGGAAAAGAAGAUAUUAAAAUUAGGGUUGAAGCCUUGGGACGACAUUUGUUUAAAUUUACGCAGUAAGUUUUAUCAUAUCAUCAAAAAUUUUUAAACUUUAAAUUCAUAGCGCUCAAUAAAAAUUUACUUUUGAAAAAUCAAAAAUAGUUUUCAAUUUCAAUGUCUUGGUUUAAAAAACCGUAUUUUAGCCUUAAAAACCCAGUUUGGAUGUUGGAAGUUUCACAUUGAAAGCCUAUCGUUAUCUUGUUAUUUGGAAAGCCAGCAACUUCGAAUAUCGAUGAGAAAACUGGCAGAAGAUGGUCUUUUUGAAGAUGUUGGUACGGUGUGUGCAGAAAUGACAGUACUAUCAAAAUGUGUACUAGAAGAGUAUGGACGAGUUUGUGGGAAAGUUACUACCAAGGUUUGUGAAGCUUAUAAAACGUAACUCAACUAUUAAAUUGUUCAAAUAAUUCUGUGCUCCUUCUAAAGACAAAUAUUUGGAGUUAAGGGGCACAGAAUUAUAUAAACAACUUAAUAUUAUAUAUGGUAUGGUAGUUCUAUAUUAUACAUUUAAUAAUUAUAUGUUAUGCUAUACAGUUUAUAAUGUAAAAUACGAAAAUUGUUAUGUAGCUAUUAAAUAAAUGUUGAAAAACUUUUUUAUUUUUAGCUAUUAGCAACAUUGUUUCGGUCCAGCCAUGAUGUCGUUAGAGAUAUGUUGAGUAUAAAGUGGAAAAAGCUACCAGCACAAUGUAAUGAGACAUUGACUUUUGGUCCGAUGGUAGCUAAAUAUGUUGGAAAUUCUGUACUGUCAAAUAACUUAUCAUUCACGGCUAUAUUUAUAUCAAUAUUACCUUUUGUAUACCUAAACUUGUAUUUUGUGUAA